CCUGACAUAUCGAGAUAUUCAACAUCUACUCGUUUCAACAUCACAACAACAUUCUUUGCUGGGACGAGUAUGGAACCGAAAUGGCGCUGGAUUCAUGUUCAACGAUUUAUAUGGAUUCGGGCUUCUGGAUGCCGACUCCUUAACUGAGAAGGCAAGGUCAUGGAACCUUGUACCAUUUCAACACAUAUGCAAAUCAGACAAAAUGGUAGUUAAUAGGUCUACAAACAAAUCGGUGACAAGUUCAAUUAAAUCGAACAGUUGCAGUGCAACAGAAUACGACGAAGUUAACUUUCUAGAACAUGUCGAAAUAGAAGUGGCCUUUUCGGCCACAAAACAUGGAGCCGUAGAAAUGGAUCUUACAUCUCCCUCUGGAACGACCAGCCACAUGCUUACACUGAGACAGCACGAUACACACAGUGGAGACAAAACAUGGCGUUUUAUGUCCGUUCACUUUUGGGGUGAAAAUCCUAAAGGACAAUGGACUAUGAAAAUGUCAACACCUGUUUAUUCGGAAUCCGGAAAACUGUACAACUGGCAGUUGAUUUUGUAUGGAACAAAAUAUAAUCCUGCUUUUGGAAGGCAACAUGAAGAUAAACAGAGAAUAGAAGUCGCUACGAGUACAACGGGAAGAAGAUCUAGAAAAUCUGACACAACGAAAGAGAAGAAUGGCAUUUGUCAGAAUACAGCACUUUGUGUAAUAGUUAUCAUUGUAGUUAUAUUGUUUGGAUCCAUCGUAAUUUUUGCAAUACGAUACUUAAUAAUAAAACAAAAGAACAUAAAUAAGGUUAAGCAGGAAACAAAACUUGAGCAUUCCAAGCAAACAAACAUCUCAGAAGAAUGCAUCAGAUUCUAGUUCAAAGAUGCAAAGAAAAUUGGUUUAGAAAAGAAUAACAUGUGUUUCAUAAUAAAAGCAAAAAUUCUGACUCAUACUUGCACUAGUGAUAAAAAUCUCAAUCUAACUUUGAAUAUUUUCUAGUAAGAAAAGUACAUGAUUUUAUAUGUAACAUUUCAUUUGUUUAAGAAUUCCCAGCAUGGGAUUGGGGAUUAAAGGAUAAUUACCAUAUAUAUAUAUAUGGGUCCGUCGAUUUACUUACCCAA